UGUACACACAACCUCCACCUCUACCCAACUGUCUUUCCUGAAGGUGACGAAACUCAACUGACAACUGACUUUGCUCACUUGUUGGAAGAACAUCGAGUUGUUGGAAGAACAUCGAGUUGUUGGAAGAACAUCGAGUUGUUGGAAGCCUCUUGCAGCCCCGGAACAUUUCCACCCCACAUUUGUCGGGUCCCUGAUCACCAUGAAGACAACACUACUGCUCUCUGUACUGUGCGCUGUCAUGGCGGCGGCCGCGUCUCAAUCUUGUGGAAGUGUUACCUGUGCUACUGAUGAGAUUUGUAACAAUAGUACUAAUACCUGCCAGUGCAAUUCAACUUUCUACACAUUUACACCAGGAAGCCUUCCAUCUCCAAAUUUUAAUUGUACCGGAGCAAUGUUCAAUAUACAAGUGUCAAAAUGUUGGUUGGAAGAACAAGGUUAUAAUACGUCUGAUAUCAGGCUGAACGGCACCGACCCCAAGUGUUUCGCAGUAAAUCAGAAUGUGAAUGGAAUAUCGGAGAUGAUCCUUCAGCGUCCAUUGGUGACCUCUGACUGUAACACGGUUCCUGCGAUGAAUGCGACCCAUGUCAUGUACACAAACCAGCUGUAUAUUUUUGGCAAGACGGACCCAAUCAGAAUAACAAAUGACGUCGUCAUGAAUAUUUCCUGCUCUUACCCGCUGAAUAUGAAUGUUGCUCUUAAUGUGACAUUGCACCCAAUAAUUGGGACCACAGAAAUAACCGGCCCUUCAGGAAAUGGAAGUUAUACAGCCGUAAUGCUGGCCUUUAAAGAGAACACAUAUACCACCCCUCUCUCCGACUCCGACACCCUGACAGUGGAAGAUCCUAUUUACCUUUCAGUGAGAGUAUCAGAUCUGGAUGCCAACGCCUUCAAACUCAAAGUGGUGAAUAUUUAUGCCUCUCCUACCAAUUCAAGCAACCAAAAGUACUAUCUUCUUGAGAACGGGUGUCCAUCAAGCCAAAUUUCUUCUGACCAGCUAACAGUGGAAAGCAAUGGAGUCGGCACUGAAUCUCGAUUUCUUAUGAAAGUCUUUAAGAUCACCAGUUCUAACACCGUCUAUCUCUAUGCCGAUCUUGCACUCUGCACUACUGAUUGUAAUUCGACCUGCAGCUCUCGAUCCAUAUCACGUGAUUCCCCGGACAUUGCAGGAAGGGUCAGCAUCUAUUUGGAUGCAGCUGAUACCAGUUACAAUUUAGAUACCAGUUCUGCCAGCGGUUUCUCCAUGCCUUGGACUUUGUCUGCUCUGAUCUUCUCCUGGAUCUUGAUGAAACUGAUGUAAUCCCUCCGAGAACCGACCAUCCCGACACCAUGAGACUUUGUCAUAUCGUCGCCCCCAAUGCUCUCAGCAGAGAGAAGUUAUGAAGGAAUCUUGUAUCUAAUUCUUUUUCUGUGGAUGGUGUUGGCUGCAUCAUAUAUAACGCUUCCUAAGAUCACCUUCCCGCGGGGCGUCCCGAUUAUCUCUCAUUGUGUACAGUGCUGAUACUCCGCUGUGCCUCCCGAUUAUCUCUCAUUGUGUACAGUGCUGAUACUCCGCUUUAUACCUGAAUUAUUUAUUAUGUUGUAUUUAUUGUAAAGUAGGAAUUGUUAAUGAAGUAGACAUUAUGUAUAUAUAUUGUAUCCCUGGAGAGCGCACCCUGUACUUUCUACUGUUCUUUCACAUAUAAUAAACCGCAAAGUAAUUUAA